CGCGGUGCUCUGUACGCGCGGGGGCUGGAGUGUGAAUCCCCGUUUGAAAGGUGGGGUGGAUAUAAUUGGGAUUUGUUUUACCUGCGCAAUAUGUCUACGGAAGGGCCUACCCAGAAGAAGGUGAAGAAGCUAGAUGAAUCCGGGGAUCUCGAAGAGAGCAGAGACUUUGAUGUCGAGACGCAGAAGGCCCUGGAGGAGAUCGACGGUUGUCAAAAUGAAAUCGACGCUCUGAACGAAAAGGCGAGCGAAGAGAUCUUGAAAGUGGAGCAAAAGUACAACAAGCUGCGAAAACCGUUUUUUGAAAAGCGGAACGAGAUCAUUCGAAAGAUACCAAACUUCUGGGUGACUGCUUUCGCCAACCACCCACAAGUGUCAGCAUUGCUAGAUGAGGAAGAAGAGGAGUGCCUCCACUUCAUGACACAGUUGGAGGUCGAGGAGUUUGAAGAUAUCAAGUCGGGGUAUAGGAUUAAAUUUCACUUCUCAAAGAACCCAUAUUUUUCAAAUGACAUUCUCAUGAAAGAAUUCCACCUGGGAUCAUCAGAUCCGAAGUCAGAGUCGACGAAGAUCAGCUGGACCGAGGACAUGAACCUGGUGAAGAAUGCCAGGAGUCGGCAAGAGAAAGUGAAGCAGGGCCGGAAACGCGGCCUGGACGUCAAGUCCUUCUUCCUCUGGUUCGAGGACCACGAGGACCCGUCCCAAGAUGACAUCGCUGAGGUCAUCAAGGAUGACAUGUGGCCCAACCCACUGCAGUAUUUCCUCGUGCCCGACAUCGAGGUGGAGAAUGGCGUCGAGGAAGAAGAAGAGGGCGACGUGGACGAGAGCGUGGUGGUGAUGGAGGAGGAGGAGGACGACGGAGAGGGCGACGAGGAGGAUGAGGAGGGUCUGGAGGACGAGGAGGACGAGGCUGACGACGAGUGAGGCAGCCGCCGGGGGACGAGCGAGGACGAGCAGUCGCGGACGCGGCGACCAGGCCGCCGGAGCGGGGACGGUGCCGCCGGCGAUUUCUGAACACUUGCGUACCGACAAAGCCAAUUCAUUUGUACAUACUCAGGACUGUCAUGUCGUGCGGUACCUUUCCAGCUGCUGGCGACCCGCCCGUUUUUGUUGGUUUGUUUUUGGACGGCGAUAUUUUUAUAUAAUAUCCGAGGGCUCUGGUGCUGGCGACGGAAUCCAUCCAGACGCGUCCAGCCGGAGCCCGGGUGGGUGUCGCGCCUGUACCGUUGCAACUAGGAAAUAAAACAAAACGCUAGUUGUACUC